CUUCAGAGUGCUGUGGAGGUUGAACAACAGCUGAAAGGGCGGAAUUGGAUGCAGCCGAAUUCCGCCUCCCUGUAGUUCUGAGUGACUCAGAUGAGGCAAGCAGCAGCUCAAGGACGAGCACGACGAGCGAGGGGUGUGGGUGAGCUCGAGCUGGAAAUUCUGCCCGAGCCUGAAAUAUAUAAUCCGUCGAUUUGAGGGGAUGAGAUUGGCACUGUCGAACGAGAGUUGAGGUUCAACAAUUGGAUCGUCCGAAUCGCCAGGCAGGGAACCAAAGAGGAAGGACGUCGAGGGCAGAGCUCCGAGGCCCGAGGAGAAUUCCGAGAUUGCAUGUCUCUGCCCGCCCGCGUCUCGCAUUGGCGUUGCGCUUGGCCGCUUGGAAGUGCGCGGGGAAGGCAGUGAGAGCGGUGAUGCGCGAAGGAUGCACGGCACUGAUGGGCUCAUCGGUGCAUGGAGCGAAUGGGUAUGGAUUUCUGGACGACGCCUCGUUCCGGCACCAGGACAUGCCGAAGAUCCAAUGCCUGGACCAGCACAUGGUGUUCUAUGCCUCGUCGCCGGGACUGGCUCCGAGCAUGUCCAUGAGCAGAGAUGAGAGGUGCAAGUAUGUGAAGCCCGAGAGCGAGCUGGUGAUCCACGUCCUUGACGACCGAGCGGAUGAGGCUGAGGUCUGCCAUGCUCGAGAUUUCGCGCCAUGGCCCAGCGACGAGGCCGACCCGUGAAGCCUGAUGUUCUCGUCAAAGAUGAACCUGCCGCCAAGAGCCGAGUUGAUGCUCGUCAAUUAAAUGCCGCCAAGGCAAUGGCCGACAGUAUUCAAUCGCGCAAGCUUUCCUCAGUAUUGCCAAACGAGCAACGGCUUCAGGAGCAGAACAAGCGUCUCGAACUGCAGCUGAGUCAACUUCAGGAGGAAAUAGCUGAGAAGGACCAUGAGAUUGAAAGGUUAAGGAGUGCAGGCCGCUUAUUGAACGCCCAGAGGUACGAGAUUAGAGAUCUGAAAUUCAAGCUCAGAGAAACAUUCAACGAGAAUGCCGAAGUGCCGGACGUGUGUGAGAAGCUGGAAAAGGAAAAGGAGGCGCAUGCGGCUCGGAAGAAGGUAACAGACGAGGAGCAGAAUAGCAAGGCUCUGGAAGUGCAAUUGGCUCUACUCACGGACCAGCUCCACAACAUGGGCGUCGGCCUACCUAAGAUUGCUAAGGCUCAUUCACCACCUUUUCAUGAAUGUUACAAGGACUGUUCUUCAAUUUAGUUCACUCAACGCGAUUAUGAUAUAUCCUACAGUCAGAAUACUCAUCGUGGCUUUCUGCACGUCUGUCGCAGUCUAGCAACGAACUACUAUUCUUGAGCGAAAUGGAGCUCCGCCGAAGAUCAAAAUGUCGCUGGGCUUCCGGUGGAAAGCGGUACGGUUGAAGAGGUACACUGUGAACAGAUUUAUUUUGACUGACCAUACAUCAGUUUGCUUGCACAAUUAAAAUGAAUGUGAGGGUACAUUUGUCGCCCAUCCUUACAGUCGGUGAUCUUGGAUUGGGCCUCUAGAAGUGAUCUGCAAGUUUGUCUGUUAGUGGCCCGCUCUUGUUAGACCAUUGGAGGUCAGUGAACCUUCGAUUCUGAAGGAAUUUAGAGUGUCAGGAGAUUAUGACACGAUCUAUCAGAUCCUAAAAGACAUUCCGAGUAUCUCUUUGGCCUAGACCUUCGAAAUAAUUAUCAGGCUGAACAAGACCUUAGAUCCUUCGGCUGACGUAAAGUUUUCGUCGUUUGGUACAUUUUUCACGUAAUGUUGGGAACGCCAUACCUCCAGUUUGCAUGGCAACUGACUUCUGUCAUACUUCAGACUCUGACCAUCCUUGUAGAAAAAUUGUUGAAUUCUAACGCGUUAUCUGUUCAAAGUCCAGGAUAACUCUCUGAUCGAAAUCAGAUCUAACGUGCUGAAAGAGUAGUCGACCUCAAGGGCUAAUCCUGACGUGAAGAAAACCCAAACAGAUACCCCGAGGAGAUGAACGCAAUUGAUGCUCCUCUCAUCGAGGGUGAUUGAAUUUCAUAAUCCUUGCCAGAAAUGGAGCAAGUAGGGGAUACUGAAGGUACUGUAGGAUCACCAAUUUUUCAACUGCACUCUCUCUGUAGCCGAUUUAUCAUGCAAACUCCAAAGAAAGCUGAUGAAGUUAUCUCCAAUCGAAUCUGAUGGACCGUAUAAAGUAAUAAUACCACACAGUUGCGACUACAGCUCUAAGGAUUGCGUCGGUAGUCUUUGUUCCUCCUUUCGUUGAAUGUUUACACAGAGACAAAGAGGAUGCGGGGCAUGAACUCAGG